AUGACCGAGCAGAAUACUGUCCAAAAGCAUACUGCCACGGCCACGCUCCACCGCGCGAGUGACUCUCCCAGCACAAUUGGUGCAGUCUGGCGUAAUCUUGCUCUAUCGCCUUGCAACUCGGAGCGCUCCUUCAUGGGAAAUGAUGAGACCCGUGGCAACAAUGGCGUUACGCACAAGGAAAUUCUCAUCGGCUCCCGCGAGAUCAUUAUAUGCCCAGGUGGCACCGUACUGUAG